AUGUCUCUAUGUAAAGGCUUCACUCAAGGGGGUUCGAAUGCAGAUAUUGUUCUAGCAGAUUCUUAUCUGAAGAAUAUCACGCAAGAUGUGGAUUGGGCAACAGCUUAUGAAGCAGUAGUAUCUGAUGCUGAAGAUGAGCCAGCAGAUUGGUCCAUCGAAGGUCGCGGCGGUCUAACCAGCUGGAAAACUCUCGGUUAUAUCCCAACGGACGACUUUGACCCCUAUGGAGUAGGACCCAUGACACGAUCCGUCUCCCGAACCGUAGAAUACGCCUACAACGAUUUCUGUAUCGCCUUGAUGGCCCAUGGACUUGGCAAAACUGGGGAUGUAGAAAAAUACAUCGGACGAUCCGAAAAUUGGAAAAAUAUGUACAAAGCCGAUCAAACGUCCUAUGUUAACGGAUCAACUGAUGCACCCAAUUCCAUUGUCGACAGCGGAUUCACCGGCUUUUUACAACCCCGCUACUUAAACGGAACAUUUGGCUACCAGGACCCUUCUCUUUGUUCCCCCCUCUACAACUUCACAUCCUGUUAUCUCAGCCCCACUGGCCAUGAAACCUACGAAGGAAGUUCCUGGAUGUACACCUUCUUUGUCCCCCAAGACAUGGCAACGCUCGUAACCACCCUCGGAGGCCCCUCAACCUUCACAUCUCGUCUCAGCUAUCUCCAUACAUCCGGACUCCUCUACAUAGGUGACGAACAAGCCUUCCUCCCCGUCUUUCAAUUCCACUACGCCGGACGCCCUGGCCUCUCAGCCUAUUUCUCCCACUUCUACAUCCCCUCCCAAUUCAACGACACCGUAGCCGGAUUAGCAGGAAACGACGAUUCAGGCGCUAUGGGUUCAUUCACUACUCUUUCCAUGCUAGGAUUAUGGCCCAUCUCAGGCCAAAACGUCUAUCUGAUCACACCCCCCUAUUUCCGCGAAAUCAGUAUCCGCAAUGGGCAAACGGGGAAAGUGGCCACGGUAAGAAAUAUAGGCUUUGAUGCUUCGUAUGCGAAUAUUUAUAUACAGAGUGCGACGUUGAAUGGGAAGACUUGGACUAAGAAUUGGGUGACGCAUGAUUUUUGGUUGGAGGGCGGUGUCUUGGAGUUGGUUUUGGGGAGGAAUGAAAGUUCUUGGGGGACGGGGGAGCAGGAUUUACCGCCUAGUGCUUCGACUAGGGAGUGGUAG